AGAAAAUCAGCUGUGUGAUGAAAACAAAAGGCGAUGGCUUGCGAAGUGAAACACUGCGGAGAAAUCCGUGAUUUUAGGAAAGUUCAGGAAUACUUUGGACUAGGACACGAUGACAACUGGUUAAAUGCGGUGAAUCAUGCCAUAUCACCCACUGGGGAACUGAUUGCCUUGGCACAGGGUGAAAAGUUGGCAUUCCUCUCCACCUGCUGGAGCAGCCAUGGAAAUGCCAACACCUACGUCCUGGGAUGGUGCGGCGAACUGGAGGAUCACAACCAGAUCGUGACCAGCCUCACCUGUCUGCCGAUGACCCAAAAUCGGAGUACAGAUGGAGCAAUUGAAUGGACCUGCGUGGCAGUUGGCUUGGUUUCGGGCAUGAUUAUUUUUUACUCGGACUCUGGCCUGAAGCUCUUCUCUCAAUGCUGCCAAGAAGAUCCGGUCAUUGGAAUCAAGCUGCAGUCCGCUCCUCGUCAUUCCGAGGCAGAUUCCCUGCUGUAUAUCGUCUAUCCCCGCUGCCUGUGCUUCAUCCAGGGCCAGGACAUCAUGUCCACUUUAACCAACUGCCGGCACAAUGUGCAAAGAGGUGCCUUGGAGCGAAGUACCUACCCCACUGCGGAUGUGGUGCCAUUCCAAAAGUAUAAGUUCAAACAGGAACGCGAGGCCGUGAUCAACGAUGCCGUCAUAUCCAGUACACAGCGACCGCCGACAUACGACUACAUUGUCCAGCAGAGCAUCGGACUGGGUUACUUCGCCAAGGUGCACGCCACGCCGCCGAGGAGCUCACAGGUUCUGGCCGCCGGAGCAGAGCCCUAUUUGGGCUUCUUUCAGGCGGAGGAGGGCUACAAAACCAUGUCGCUGGGUGAGGUGGCCAAGGAUGUGAUUGGAAUAGCGUACAAGAACCUGCUGGGCGGGCUCUUUCGACGCGCCCCGGAGCCACUGCCAUCGCCGGAGGAAUCCCCACUGCCGGUGCCCACAAAAGAGGCUCCGAUGAGGAUUCGGUGUCGCCUGUACGACGGCAAGAGGGAUGGUUUAACGCUAGCCGUGGCACCAGGUGGCCGACUGGCUGUUGUCACGGAUAACCUCGACCGCGUGAUGUUGGUGGACACGCAGCAGGCCAUCAUCCUGCGCGUUUGGAAGGGCUAUCGAGAUGCCCAGUGCGCUUUCGUUCCGGUCAAAGAGCGAUCUGUGCGAGGGAUUAAGACGCACAAGAGAAAGGCCUUAUUCCUGGUGAUUUACGCCCCUCGAAUGGGCUGCCUGGACAUCUGGGCCCUGCAAAACGGGCCCAAGGUGGCCGCUUUCAAUGUCUCAAAGAGCGGUCAACUGAUUUACAACAAUCACAGUGCUCUGGGCACAAGCGGAAGUGGUGGCUCCGCCGGCGGUAGUAGUCAGUCACGAAAGACUUUGGCUAUCAAUCACUGCCUGUUUCUGGAUCCCACCGAUGGCAGUCUGAAGGAGGUGCACAUUCCCUUUCAUUAUGCUCUCAGCGAGACAAGCUCCCAAACAUCGCGGGAUAUUCACAUGCUGAGGAGGUUAAGGAAUCAAUUGAGAACCCUAAAUCAUGGCGAUGCCAAGGAAAAGGUGCUGGGAGAGAUUUACGAGCUGGCUAGUGAAUUGCAGACGCUGGAGGUGCGACAACAGUGCCUGGAAAUGUUGCUCAAAAGCAAGAAGCUGCAGCCGCAGGUAUUUCAGUGCAUCAUAAAUGCCUUCAUUGAGAAACCUCUUCCCGAGACGAUAAUCUCCGAGGAGUUUGUCAUUCAAAUCGAAAACUAUAAGCGCUUGACCGAUCUCUACUUGGCUUUAAGUCAAGCCAAUCAGCGGGGAGACAACGAACCACCCGUGGAGCAUUUAGAGCUCUCUGACGCCGAUCUUGUCACCAUUAACAAGUUGGUUUUGCUACUGGACGACGGCACCGAGAAGGAGAAACCCUCCUCCACCCGAGAGGUUAGCUUUAAGCUGCAGGAGGAGCACAAGACCGAGGAGUUUGUCGACUACCUAAGCGUUUUCAACAUCGAGAGUCCAGAGGGCAUCAGUUUGCUGCCCGAGAAAGCCGACAAGUUCGGCGGCGUUAGCAUCGAUCUCUUCAGUCAGUUCUUUGCCCAAGGUCUGUGCUUUGGUCAGUUCAAGCAGUGGAUCAAUCAGGCAUGUCUGCCCAGCAGAGAUUUGCUGAAGCUGAUUAUUUGGUUUUGGCUUGAAAAGCCUUUUAAGUACAAUAACUGUGAUGAAGUAGUGGAUGACAUGUCUAGGAUAGCUGCUAUGGUGCAGACUAUUUGCGAUCUGGCUGGUGAACACAUUCACGACUAUGCCUACAAUGCCAUCUCACCUUGGUGGCAGGAGGUGCGAGAGCUGCUCUUGGAGAGCAAACAGUUUUCUGGCCUGCUGGUAGCCAUUGUCUGCAAAACGGUGGCCAGUAAUUUGUGGCGUAACAGGAAAGAGGGAUCUUGUGACGAAUCCUCGCAGAACGAGGAGGAGGAGCGCUGGGAACGCAUAUCACACGAUGAGGCCCAGUGGGGAUUGCUUACGGGCAAGCUAGAAGAUGUGGCUGUGCUGGGCGCAAUACUUGGUAAGCCGCUCACCUGCCAGAAUCCUGUAGGUCCGGAAAUGUCCUACGAACCACCAGACUGCAGCCUCAAAAGCAUUGUAAGCAGUGGCAAAGGCAUCGUCACCGAACUGACGGCCAAGUGGCUAAUCAGUGCGCAACUGCAUCCCAGUAAAAUCCUGGAGAUCUCGGCGCCGGAAAAGGAGAUAGACGAGGAGAGUAAAGCUAAGACAAAGAAUGAACCAAAUAAGGAAGAUGCAGACUCAGAAGAGGACUUGGAAAUGGCCAAGGAAGUGGAGGCACCAAACAAGGAUGCCCACGAACCGAUUCUCGAGCGAUUGGCCUUGCUCCGUGCCCACUUUCCCUUCAGCUUGGAGUCGGGCGUGCUGCUAAGUCUCAUGUCCUGGCAAUAUAUGGUUCAGUGGAGCAAGCAGCUUUCGUCACUGGAUCAUCUGAGAGCAGCUCUGCUCUGUUUGAAUCAAUUCCGCACCCCUGACUGGGCACUGAAGCAUGGAAUAUGCUGUAUGUUGUGGAAUGCCACCCUGAAGUUUCCCCUUCAGGCAGCGGCUAAGUUAAUACAGAAAGUGGGCCGCCUACCGGUGGACAAGAUGUGCCAACAAGAUCUGGAAAUGUCGGCGGGUAAAGUGCCCGAGUUCCUGGAGCUUAGCCUGGAAUUUCUGCAGCACUUCACCACUUCCAUGGAGCACGAUAAGCGGGAACUGCACUUCGAACAGUCGCUGAGUGAGGGAGCAUUGCCCCUGCAGUUCCUGGCCCUCCAGCAGCAUCACGCCAUGCCGCAGUUGCUCCGCCUGCAAACGGAGCUGUGCAGCGUCCUCCACUUUGUGUCCUUCUUCCAGCUACGCGUUUCCAAGCCACUGACCAUCCUCUUCGACGCGAUGAGCAACAAGGCUCUGCUGGCGGACAUCAACAAGGAGCUACCCUACGUUCUGCCAGCACCAGAUCUCGUCCUUCAGCAGCAGCGCACGGAUUUCCUAUGCCGCCUUGUUUCCGCUACCAUGGACCUGAUUAGGGAGGACCUGGAGCAGUUGUACAUCCUGGAUCACGUCUUCUACAUGGCCAAGAUUUGUGCUCUGGCCGACAGCUGGGAGGUCGACAAACUUCCCAUCCUGAGAAAACAGGUGGUGGAGCUGUACGCUUUCGGCUACGAUGCGGAGGCCCAGAUGCUACUACAGGACAUCAGUGAAGACGAGGAGCUGGGCCGACUGCUGCUAGAGAUAGCCGGCCGAAGGCUCAAUCUCUACGCGGAGAGCUCGCAGUCGACGUUUCUGAAGAUUGCCUCGGUUGGCCACCAGUUGCUGGCAUACUUGGACAACCUGAAGGAACCGAUGACUGAGCACAGCGUACAGAUUGCGGCCACCAAGCCCGCGGACAUCGAUGUGGCCGCCCUGGACAGGCUGUUGUCCCACGCCUACAAAUACCUCUGCCGGCGCGAAUCCAAGCAGCUGCCCAUCAUUGCCCAGAUGUACAACGCCGUGCGUAUCCUGCAGAACUGAGAGUGAGGAUGACAAGGGAACACUUUCGUUAUUC